GUUUUUAUUUUUAUUUUUAUUUUUAGGUGUUGAAGUUAGUGGGAAGGAAAAAAAAAAUGCAAGCUUUCCAAGCAUCAGCUGUUACUCUUAAUAAUAAUAAUAGUACUAGUAAUAGUAACUCAAAUAUGUAUUGCCACUCAAGUUAUUAUCUCAGAGGUGAUGAAAGUAGUAGACAUGCAGCACGCUUAGCGGAUAUUGGAGAACUUGAACAGUCUGCAGGAUUCACUCAAGAAGAAGCUGUUGAUUUAAGCAGAAGUUCUGUAUAUGGUGAAAUGAGGCCAAACAAUGUUGGUGUUGUUUCUUGUAACAACAAUAACUUAAACUUUGGUGAACUUAAUACGAGUAUUGGUUCAUCAGAGACAGGGGGGGAAACAGGUAGGUUUAUGUUGCAGAAGGCACAAACAGCAAUGGUGGGUGGUGGGGGUGUUGUGGGUGGUGGUGUGGCUUUGGGAAAUGUGCAGCAUUUUGAGAAUUGGGGUGAUUCUGGGAUUGCAGAACAAAGCCAGCAGACUGACACUUCCACAGAUGUUGAUACUGAUGAAAGAAACCAUCAGGGCCAAGGUGUUCAGCAUGGUGCAUUAAUAGCUGUGGACUCCAUGGACCUGUCCAAAGUAAAGCUGGGAGACCAAAAGACACUUCGCAGGCUGGCUCAGAAUCGAGAAGCAGCUAGGAAAAGCCGGUUGAGGAAAAAAGCAUAUGUUCAACAGCUGGAGAAUAGUAGACUCAAACUAUCACAGUUAGAGCAAGAGCUAAAACGAGCCCGCCAACAGGGCAUAUUUAUUGCUAAUGGAUACACGGGAGAUCAGAGCCUUUCUGCCGGUGGAAAUGGGGCAUUGACAUUUGAUAUGGAUUAUGCACGUUGGCUAGAUGAACAUCAACGACUUAUCAGUGAUCUCCGAUCAGCUGUAAAUUCUCACAGGGGCGAUAAUGAACUGCGCCAUCUCGUUGAUGGAGUAAUGUCACAUUAUGACGAAAAGUUCAAGUUAAAGAGUGUAGGUCUAAAAGCAGAUGUUUUUCAUAUGCUGUCAGGCAUGUGGAAGACUCCUGUAGAAAGGUGUUUCAUGUGGUUAGGCGGAUUUCGUUCUUCUGAGCUUCUCAAGAUUCUUGGCAACCAUCUUGAACCGUUUACAGAGCAGCAGCUCAUAGGCAUAUGUAACUUGCAACAGUCUUCUCAGCAAGCCGAGGACGCCCUGUCACAAGGUAUGGAAGCCCUUCAACAAUUACUUGUCGAUACACUUUCAUCUACGUCUCUCGGCCCUACUGGCUCGGGAAAUGUAGCCGACUAUAUGGGGCAGAUGGCAAUUGCAAUGGGCCAGCUUGCCACUCUUGAGAACUUCCUUUAUCAGGCUGAUCUUCUGCGACAACGAACUUUGCAACAAUUGCAUCGAAUAUUGACUACACGUCAAGCUGCUCGAGCCCUGCUUGUCAUAAGUGAUUACAUGUCAAGGCUUCGAGCACUCAGCUCGUUGUGGUUAGCACGCCCCAAAGACCAACUCUAG